UCGUGUUCUGAUCUUCUGAUCCUCACAUCUCCAUCAUGGACAACUCGCCGACCGCUUUGUUCGAGAACUACGACGAUGACCUCAAACAGCUCAUCGCCAGCCUCAAGGGCAAGCUGGACGGCGACGUUCAGAGUCUCAGGGGCGAACCGCGCAAGGCAGCGUUGAAGAAGGUCUCAGACGACCUGGACGAGGCCGAGGAGAUAAUCUCCCAAAUGGAGCUGGAAAUCCCAUCCAUGCCCGUCAGCAUUCGCAAGACCUUCCAGGAGCGACUCGCAACCUCGAAGGCGUCCGUUGACAAGGUCACGAAGCAAGUCCGUGACCUUCGUGCGUCAACGCAGAGGGAGGAGCUGCUCUCCGGCGCUGGCGGGUGGAGCGAUGACCCGUACACAGAUGACGACCCGAGCGCGUUCAGCGCGCGCACCCGACUGCUUGCAGGUACAGAGAUGCUGUCUACAAGCAGCCAGCGGCUUGAAAAUGCGCAUCGCGUCGCACUCGAGACCGAGGAUGUCGGUGCCGACAUCUUGCGUAACCUCCGCGGUCAGCGGGAGCAGAUUGAGCAUACCCGCGACACACUGACAGGCGCCGACGCCAGCAUCGACCGUGCGGCGGGGACGCUGAAGAAGAUGAUCUACAAGAUGUACCAGCAGAAGGUAGUCACCGGCGCGAUCAUUGCUGUGCUCGUGCUUCUGAUCAUCCUCGUGCUGUGGUCCAAGAUUCGUGGUUAAUGUUGUUACGCUAUAGAUUGAGGACGUUGUUUGUUUCGACGGAGGGACGGGAGUGCUCUGCGCGACGACACUAACGGGGAAUGGGCAGGUAUACAUGCAAUGCGAGGUGUCUACUUCUUCUUGAUC